AUGGCGCCGCACGCUUCAGUCCCUUUUACCUGCACAUUCUGCUACCAACCUUCCGAAGACCCCCCUCACGCUCUGGGUCCCGAGGCACGCCUGACCUGCUCGCCCUGCCACGCGGCUCUCAUCGACCUCGCCAUCUGCUGGGUCUGCGGGGAGAUCGUCUACCGCGGCGACGAGUGCUGCUUCUGGCAUCGCUCGUAUUACGGGUGUCUGUUUUGCGGGAGCAAGCUGGUGUAUCGUGGCGUGCCGUUGCUGGAGCUCUUCAACGAUAGCCACGAUGUCGACGAGGAAGGGAGCACGACUCGCAGGGUUGCUGGGACGGCGGGUAAGGGGCGCAUGAAGGAGGUCGAUGUGCCGCCGCUGUGUGCUGCCUGUUAUCUGGGUAUGGAGGGGGAGGAUGUGAUGCAGCAAGGGCUCAAGAGGGUCGAGAAGGUUGACGGUGGUUUGAGUCGGGCAAGGUGGGAUGCUGGUGAGGCUAGAGCCGGACACUUGAGGAGGGCCCCAGCGUCAUUCCGCGGGGUUGCACGAUUCUGCGCAUACACCGGCCACAUCAACGUCAGAUACUUCGACAUUGGGGUCGGCAAGGUCAGUUACACCAACCGACCAACUGACUACACCCGUUCGUCGUCCAUCGCCUUCGCAGACCCCACCCGGCUCUUCUUCGAUCUGGACGCCUUCUGA